CACUCUUUCUGCCCUUUGCGCAGGUAGCUCCCGGGCCCGCGGCGGGGCACGCUGCCACACUGCCCGCUUGCACCGUGCUCACGAAGCCCGACUGCCCUCCAGAAAAGUCCACUUCCCGUCUCUGCCGUGCCUUAGGAAGAAGAUCGUUUUAUUGAUUUUAUUCCAGACCAGAUUGGGCCUCAGUUGUCAGAGGUGGUACUGGUGGUGUUCCCAACACAGGAGCAACUGUUCCAGAGCAUAAUGAUGAAGUUGUAGUCCAUGUGCUGGGAAAGGAGGCAAUGCUCUUGGGAGAAACAGCAGAGACCCCAGGCUUCAAACUGAAGUCAGCAGAAUCCCAGCCAGUGGGCAGGUCCCAGGAUGAAGAAUUUUGGAAUGAAUAUCAGGAUCUACAACAACAGCUGAGCAGGAAUACUCAUAAAGAAACUGAGCCUGUGUGUGAGAGGGCUGUGCCUGCUCACCAGAUCGUAGACUUUCCUGAGCACACAAAUGUCAAAGACUGGAUAGUAGCACCUGAACUCAUCUUGCCUGAGUCCCAGAGCUUGUUGACGUUUGAAGAAGUGGCUGUGUAUUUUUCCCAGGAAGAAUGGGAGUUACUGGAUCCCAGUCAGAAGGCCCUCUACAAUGAUGUAAUGCAAGAAAAUUAUGAGACUGUCAUCUCUCUAGCCAUAUUUGUGCACCCCAAACCUAAAGUGACCUGUCUAGAGCAAGGGAAAGAGCCAUGGGUUCAAGAAUCCAUGGAGUUCAAGGACAGUCCUAGAGAGCUGCCUACAGGGUUAAAGCUCAAAAAUGACUUUGAAAAUCAUCAGUCAAUAUGCCUUUCUGACUUAGAAAUGCAAACACCAGGAGACAUAGUUUCAAAAAUGGACAGAGUGAAAGUUCCCCAGAAACCAACAGUCAAAGAAAAUCAUGGUGAUAUGCACAGGAUGGGGAAAUGGCACCAAGAUUUUUCAGUGAAGGAAAGAGUGAACCUUUCAGCCUGGAGACAAGAGCUGCUGAAACUUAUGGAUCGUCACAACAAAGAGCGUGCAGGAGAGAAGUCUUUUAAAUGCCAGGAAUGUGGGAAAAGCUUCAGAGUUAGCUCUGACCUUAUUAAGCACCAAAGAAUUCACACUGAAGAGAAACCAUAUAAAUGCCCACAGUGUGAUAAGAGGUUUAGAUGGAGUUCAGAUCUUAAUAAGCACUUCACAUCACACCAAGGAUUAAAACCAUAUAAAUGCUCAUGGUGUGGGAAGAGCUUCGGUCAAACUUCAAAUCUCCACACACACCAAAGAACUCACACUGGAGAGAAGCCCUUUACAUGUUACGAAUGUGGGAAGAAGUUCAGUCAGAACUCCCACCUUAUUAAACACCGGAGAACCCACCUGUAGCAUAUGCAUGAGAAACUUCAGCAGGCAGUCAAACCUUCUUAGUAGAAAUUCCAUUGGUGAAAAGAAGCUUGUUCAGUGUCCUCUGUCUGAAGA